AUGAAUGAAAAUGAUAUACUUAAUGAAUAUAGAAGGGAAUCGUUAAGUUCAACCAAUUAAACCGUAGAUACUCCGACAUAUGAGGAGAUGGAUUGGGAUGCAUUCCAAUAAUUACUGAUAUCUGAGAGAGUGGAAGUAAAGAGGAAGAAAAUAAUAAUAAACAAGGAGGUGGUAAUUUCUUAGGUGCUGAAAUUAAUUGGGAUUGAUUCUGUGAUUCAAUUUAAGGGAGGGAGUUUGGUAUUUGAGGGGAUGUCGAUAGAUUCUAUUUUUGAUGAGGAGUGUAGUAUUCAAGGAUUUCAAAUAGAAGUUUAGCAAAUCUCGCCUUGCAUUAGAGUGCAUUGCAGAAACAUGAUGAUUAUGGCUUGCAGCGUCGAGAACUUCCACAAUAAAGGGAUGUUUAUUCAAUUUGAUAACUCCUUAAUCAUAAAUGACACCAAAUUUAAUGGAUUCUAGGUGUUGUUUGCUUGUGAGGGCAACGGGACAAUAUUGAGUAUAAAUCAUUCCAUAAUACAGAGUGAUUGUCAACAACAACAGUCAGUUUUGAUUCAUGCGAACAAUCUCAGAGAAUUUUAGAUAGAAAUUAUAAAUUCAAUUAUUGAAGGCAGUUCAGUCAUCAUAACAAAUAGCAGGAAUGUGGAAGUCAGAAUCAUAGACAACGAGUUUAAAAAUCAAUAAACUUCUAUUUCUAUUGAAAAUAUCUAGAAUAAAUCAAUAUUAAUAGAGAAGAAUGUCUUUUUCCGAUCGACCGAUUAUGCAAUAAGAAUGAACAACAUCGUAGUGGACAAAUUACAACUCUUUAAAAAUACAAUCACUAAAUGCAGAAUUGGCAUGUUUAUGUCCAACGUGGUUGAAAUCUGUUAAUUACUCCAACUCAUCAAACCGAUCUCACUCAAAUAGAAUGUAAUGUCUAGUAUGGAACAAACAGCCAUAAUCAUACGCGAAGUGGUUUGUAUGGAAAUCGAUGAAAUCAAUAUUCAAGACAACACCAUAGGAAUGGACAUCGACAUCAGCACUUCCAAAAUGCCCGAUCAAAAUGCUAUCAACCCAUUCAUCAUUACAAUUAAGAACUCCACAAUCAGUUCCAAUCGUAUACAUGGCAUUUUCCUCAGCAGCAAUUUAUCAUUAAAUCCCAUCAACCUUCAAAUUUCAAAGAGUGCCUUCUUCUCCAAUUGUAAUGCCUUGAAUCUCUCCCAUCAAGGAGAACCCAAUGAUAAAAGUAAGCCUGAAUUUAUUAAAUAGGAAUCAAGGUCAAUAUAAAUAGUUGUAAAUUCCAAGACAAUCGCUUUUGCAACUCUAAUCAAAAUUACGAACUCCUUCUCACCAAUACUAACAUUGUAGUAAAUUAAAUCUAAUAAUUUGAUAGCAUAAUAAAAAACUCCUAAUUAAUUCAAGGUCACAAGCCUGUCUAAUAAUGUGAAUAAAUUUCAACUAAAUUAUAUAAUUAUAAACUAAAAUAUUUAUUCAUUAAUGCUAAAAACUCCUAGUCUGAAAUCGUUCUCCAAUCCAAGUGAAAGAAAUCAAUCUGAAUAAUACAUUUAGUGUUAUACUAAUAAGAUCGUCAGACAAGUCCAACAACUCAAUUCCUCCUACUAUGAAGAAGACCAAUUCGAUCAAUGCUAAAACACCAAUAACAUACAGCAAUUCGAGGAUUAUAUGCAAAAUCUAGUGGCCAUCAUUUCAAACCCACCGAAUUCACAAUAUCUAAGCAAAUACUAUGUCCUUUCUACAGAAAAUGAAACGAUAACAUUUAUAAGUGAAACACACCCAGAAACCCUUAUGGAUUACAUUAAAUUAAGGCAUCAGAAUAAUGCCCCAAUGAAUGAAGAUGAAAUUGUAUAAUUGGCAUACGCGAUACUUAAUGGUUUAUCACACAUCAAUAUAUUGUAUUUGAGUCCUUCCAACAUCAUCAAGAAAUGGAAGAUCAUCAACUACAUGGAGUAAAUGGUCCACCAAAAUCAAAGAUAAUUCCUGGAAUCUGAAGACAAAUUAUAUCUGGCCCCAGAACUAUAUAAAUAUUUGGACAUCGAACUCAAUGAUUGUGAUGAUUUCAAUAAACAUCUCAGUUAAGAGAUUAAUGCUCCUAAGGCAUCUGUCUAUUCAUUAGGAAUCAUAUUAUUACAAUGCAUCUAUUUUGAAUUCAAAAAGGAUAACACCAAUAAUUAUUAGGAGAUUCUUAAGAACUCUAAAUACAGUUGGUCUCUGAGAGACCUCAUCCAAUAGAUGUUAAGAGAAGAGGAUGAGAGGAGUUCCAUUAAGGAAUUACUUCAAAAUCCCUUAUUCUAUGAACACAAGUAAGUGGAAAUCCAGCCUAAACAAUCUAAUCAAAUGUCUUUGGCAGUAUUCUUCCAAUUUGUCAAAAACAAAUUUUUCAACUUGGAUUGGGCAGAUCAAUUUUUUUCAAUGGAAGAAAUAAUUUACAUUAGCGAUCUCAAGGAGGGUAUUUAUCCAAUUGGCGAAUUGAAAUCUGAAAUUAACAGUUAAAUCACUUAAAUCAUCUAGAAUUGCCCCAAUAAUUGCACUCUAGAAGAAUUGAUUGCAACUCUUACUAAAAUAGCAAAUCCUUAGUAAUAAGAAGAAAAUCAGGUGGUCUAACCUAAGAAACAAUAAUUUUUAUUCAGAAAAUGGUUUAAAAAACAAGAAUAGAAGAGUGAAGACAUGUAAGAAUAGGUACUUGCCCCUUAAGAGCCAACAUACAUGGCCUAGGUUUUGUUGUUAAAAUUGAUAUCCUAAGCCUCUGAAAAAGCCUUUUAGGCCUUCAUCUCUAAGGUAAUUCAUUUUAUGGGAGGGUCUGGAUUAAUUUGGUAAAACAUAAGAAAGGCAUUCUGGCCAAGAGCUCUUGGUUUUGAAUCCCUGGAAGCCUAAAGAUAAAUUGUAUAAUUAACACUUGAAUUGUGUGAAUAUUUGAAUGCUUAGAAAUAGAAGGAUAUCAUCCAACUUGAAAAAGACUUGAACAGAUAAAAAUACAAUAAAAGAACUCAAGAUGCAAUAAGAAGUACAAUACGAGGAUUUAUCAAUUAGUCUGUUUCAAAUUGUUAUAUAUAAGGGAUGGAUUCGGUUUCAUAUAUCCUCUUAGAAGCCUUUAAUUAUGAUUCUGAACUCAGUACAAUAUGUUUGAAUGAGAUCUACAAGAAAAGGAUUGUCAAUUUACCACCAGAGGAAGAGUAGGUGGAAAUUAGUGAAUAUUUUGGAUAAAAGUUGCAGGAGAAGAUCUUACUUUACAAUUGGACUCUCCAGUUUUUUGACCCAGGAUUAAGCAGUCAUCUAAAGGAAACUGACUUUAAGUGUGAAACUCAUAUUGUCUCUUGGUUUAGUACUUUUUAUGCCAGAGAAUUCAACUUGGAGAAUGUAAUGAAAAUUUACGAUUACUUCUUAAUUUCUGAUGAAUCAUUCGAAAUCCUGCUAGCAUGUUAAAUCAUGUUGGAACUCAAAUCAACCUUUGAAAUUAAAGAUAGUGAAGGCAUGCUCAGUUGUCUGAAGAAUCUUUAGAAUAAUAUACAAUUGGAUAAUUGCUUGUAGAAUUCUCUCAAAUUCUCAACUUAAUUGCAUAAAACCUUUUUCAUUCUCACACAUCAGGAUGAAGAGAUUUGCAAUUAAAUGAAGGAGGAGAACGAGUACUUAUAAGAAAGACCAUGGGAACAUCCAUUAACAUUUAAGUAAUUACAAGAGCAAUUGACAUUUUCCAUUUCCAUUCAUGAUUUUCAAUAAUUGUUAAGGGAACAGAAAUCCUCCUUCAAUGUCUUAUCUUUGGAUAUGAGAAGCGCUAAGGAUUAUGAAUAAGCUUGCAUAACUGGUUCCUUGUUUGCAUACUAUGAUAAAAAAAAAAUUAAUAAUAUUCAAUUACUAAACUACUUCGAACUGAGAGGACUGGUUGAGGAGCAAAGCAUUUAUUAUAUAGUUGUGAUAUGCGAUACAGAAAAGCAGAAUGUAAAAGAAAUUAUGGAUUAUUUACUCAAGUAACGAAUCAAACGUCUUGUACUCUUAAAGGGAGGAAUUUAGGCUGCUUUGCUUGAUGCUUAGGAUAUAAUAAAGGUUAAAUAGAAGGCAGUCUUACCUCCGUGGAUAAAAUUACAAAUCGAUGAAUUAAAGAAAAAAAACAUAUCAUGA